CACUUUCGCCCUUACUUACCUAUAGACCGGAAGUCUUUGAUUUCCAUGUUUUCUCAUCCUCGUAUAUUCUUGCGGGUGCGAACGCCAGUCUUGAACAGAUCUCGCCUUAUUUCAUUCUCCUUGUGUCGCGCAGGCCGCGUUACAUCGCGCUCCAUGUCAUCCUCGGCCACUCCGUUUGAAGAAGAGAGGGAAGUGGGCUUCAAAAAGUUCUACCCGAUGACCUUGGGCGAAGUUAUCAAUGAAAGGUAUAAGGUCGUGGCAAAACUUGGCUUCGGAGCAGCAAGCACGAUAUGGUGCUGUCGUAACCUAGCCACAAAUAAAUAUGCCGCACUGAAAAUUUACGCCCACGAUUUGGUUGCAGAAGAUGAGAUUGACAACGAAACUGCCAUCUACAAACAUAUCAGCACCGCGGGGAGCCCCGACCAUCCUGGCAAGAUGUAUGUUCGCACCAUUCAGGAUUCAUUCUUCGUCACGAGCAGAGCAGGGAAUUCCCAUCGAUGUUUAGUUCACGAGGUCCUUUCCAACAACAUAUUGAGCCUCCGGUAUACUCGCCCAGAUCGUAAACUGCCCGAGACAAUGCUCAAGCAAAUUUUGAUCCAUUUGCUGCUCGCACUGGAUUUCUUGCAUAGCGAGUGCCAUAUCAUCCACACAGAUAUAAAAGAAGAGAAUAUUUUGCUGGGUUUGGUCGAUCCAUCGAUCGUGGAACAGCUGGACACAAAAGAAAUUGCGGCAUCGAGCCUCUACAAAAGUGUCAAUGGGUACAAUCUCUACAAAAGCGCAAACUUCGGUAUUCCAAUAAGGUUUGGCCGCCCGAUCCUGUGUGACUUCUCGCUCGCCCGGAAUGGACGGGUCAAGCACUGCCACGAUAUCCAGCCGGACCCCUACCGGGCUCCCGAAGUGAUUCUAGAGAUGCCCUGGGGCUAUGCCGUUGAUAUAUGGAAUGUCGGAGUUAUGGUCUGGGACAUGUUUGAGAACAGACGCAUGUUCGAUGGGCUUGACCCUGAGACUGGCAACUAUGGGAACCGCUUCCACCUUGCUAGUAUAGUUGGUCUUUUGGGUCCUCCUCCCCUCGAGUUUCUCCAGCGAAGCGAGUGCAGCUCCGUUUACUUCGAUGACAGAGGCAACUGGAAGUGUCUGAAUUCUGUCCUAUCAGUGUCUUGGGAAGAUUCCGAGAGCAAUCUUGAAGUUUCCAAUAAGAAAGGCUUCCUCGACUUUGUUCGCAAAAUGGUCAAGUGGACGCCAGAAUCGAGAGCGUCACCCUCUGAGCUAUUAGAAGACCCUUGGCUUCUUGGAGAUGUGGAGGAUUAGCUGAACUCGGGCACGAUAAUUAGCAGCUUGAGCUGUAGCUGAACAACCCUGAGCUCGCCAUGAGACAACAUGAGCCAGCGUGAUUGCGCUUGAUUUGCUCCCGAGCAACAUGACGAGGGGUUGAAAUUGGGCCCCAAUCAGCUCGUGGGGAUGUGAGGUGUCCAAGGACUAACUGGUACCGGUUUCGGGUAACAAGAUCCAUGGCUUAGCUCUUUGCCCCUUGUGCCGGCAUAUUUUCUUUCAUCUACAGUCCUUAAGACUACUCGAAUAGUCAAAUACACAUAUGCAGCUGGUA